UAUACUGCAUGUGUGUAUUAUUUCGCGUGUAUACCGCGUAUUGUACACCAUUUUCGGUCCAUAUAAUAGUUGCAACCGUUUUGCGCCUACCAGCUCACAGCUCUUUAUCUGCUCGUAUUUUCAACUUUGCUAGAUAAUGGAGUCCUCGGACGGUCAGACAAGCAGUAACCAGACUGAAUCUCAGAUACACCAUGAGCAAUACUGGGACAGACAGAUGGAUACCAUCAGUAACUUGAAACAUAGUGAUUUCAAGAAGGCUCAGGAACUUCCUCUGGCCAGGAUCAAAAAGAUUAUGAAGCUGGAUGAAGAUGUGAAGAUGAUAAGUGCUGAAGCCCCUGUAUUAUUUGCCAAGGCUGCGGAGAUCUUCAUCACAGAACUCUCCCUCAGAGCAUGGCUCCAUACAGAAGAGAAUAAGAGGAGAACACUUCAGAGGAAUGAUAUCGCCAUGGCAAUCACCAAGUACGAUCAGUUUGAUUUCUUGAUUGACAUUGUACCCAGAGAUGAACUUAAACCACCAAAAAGAUCAGAUGGUCAGCUGCAGCAGACGGCCAUACCGGCAGAUCAGGUCCAGUAUUACUUCAGUGUGCCUCAACAAGGCCAGAACCAAGCGGCUAGCACUCUUCAGGUCCAGAACCCCGCCCCUGUCGUCACCGCUGCUAGUGCUAACACUGUACAGCAGCCGACCGCUCAGGCCGCCGGGCAGAUCGUGACCUCUCAGCCACAAGUACAGUUUAUCACCGUCGGUGGUAACCAAGCUGGGACCGGAAGUACCCAGCAGCAGCAACUGCUUCAGUCUCUGCAGCAGAUCCAGACUGGAACUGAUGGACAGACAACCCUGAUCAACGCACAAGGACAGGUCAUCCCCAUUCAGCUUCCGGCAGGUACCAAUCUACAACAGGUCGUAGCCAAUGCUAGUGGAGAUAACCAACAGAUUCAGUUCGGUGGUAACCAGAUACAGUACGUAAGACAGGGCAGCACCGGGACUCAACAACCAACGGCUGGACAAGAAUUCAUCACUCAACUAUCUGGAGGACAGAUCUUCCAGAUCCAGCAGGUUCCUGGCCAGACCCAGGCAGGAGGAUUGGGACAGCAGGUGUUCCUUCAACAAGCCAUGCCUGAAGCGGUGGCAACCAGCUCAGAGCAACAGUGAAUGAACACUGAGCCUUGGACACCAUGUAAAUGAACUGAGUUAUGCGUUAGGGAAGAGAGACACGAAUGAGUAUUGCUUGUGAUGAGAAUUACAGGCAAUGUGGUGCUAGGAUCUCUUCAGAUGUCCUGCCAGCGGUGCCUGAAGCGGUAGCAACCAGCUCGGAGCAACAGUGAAUGGACACUUAGCCUGGGACACCUGGGACACAAAACUUGUCAUCAGUGACAAAUGACAGUUGUUGUUGUUAUAAGCUACUAAAAUCCUUGCUUCUGAUUGGUUAUCAGCAGAUUUGUCACUGAUAUUUGUCAUUGAAAAAAGGCUUUGUGAAACGGGUCCUGUACUCGGAUGCCUUGGGGUAUCUAUUAUAAGUACAUACCCAGUCGGAUGCUGUCAUUAUCUGUGCAUAAAUAGCAUGUGAACACAGGUACAAGGAGACUGACUGCAAUGUCUCCUAGUGGACUGGAGAGGGAGCACUGUAUUCAAUACAGAGCCAUCUAUACACAGAGUUUGGCAAACCAGGUUCGAGUUGGAACCAAUAUGGCGACAACUGCUUUGUUGGGAAAGCACAAAACAAAA